CAACUUACACCUGCCAUCAACAUGUCCUACGGCUGCUAUUCUGGAAGCUUCUCCUCCCGCUCCUGUGGAGAUCACCUGAACUACCCUUACCCCUCCUGCGACUCUUCCUACUCCAGGCACCUGAUCCAGAGCACGAACUCCUGCUCUCCCAGACCCUGCCAUCGGGGCUCCUCUCUCCUCAGCGGCUGUCAUCAAAACUACUUCCAGCCCAGCAGAUGCCAGACUUCCCAUGUAGUGCAGACUUCCUGCCAGCGGCCCUGCUACAGCUCCAGGGUCUCCAGCUUCUACAGCCCCUGCAGGACCACGUACAGUGGCUCUCAGGGCUUUGGGUCCAGCAGCUGUCACUCUCUGGGCUAUGGGUCUAGAAGCUCUUACUCCCUGAGCUGUGGAACCAGCGGCUUUAGACCCCAUGGCUUCUCGUCACUGGGCUUCGGAUCAGGAUUCUGCCGCCCAUCCUAUGUUCCUCAGAGAACCUGCCAGUCUUCUUGCUACAGACCGAGCUGUGGCACCGGAUGUGGAUUCUACUGA